AGUUUUGCUUCUUCUUCUUACAAGGCAGGCAUUUUCCUUGAAACUAUUCUCUCAUACAUUUCCAAGUCAACAACCAGGUCAAGCAGACUCUCUUCUCUCUCUCCUUAAUAAUAUGAUAAUAUGAAGUCCCAAAAAGGAGUACAAACUUCCAAGCCUAAUAUGAUAUUUGUUGUUUGUUUUGCUUGCAUUAGAAAUAAUCUAAAUUUUUGGGAUGUUGAAGAUGGCUCCUAUUCCUCUGUUUGUUCUCUUCUUUCUCGCUCGUUCUGUGCUUCCAAGCUCCGCUGAAGAAGAGCCGCACCUUCCAAAAUGCCCACCAGUCCUGUGUGGAAAUCAUAGCCAGCAUGAUUUUCCUUUUGACAAUAUGAUGACCCCUCAAUGUGGGGGGCUCAGAUGGAAAUGUUCAAAAGAUGGGCCGAGGAUCCAAUUGAAACCAGAAGGGCACUGGUAUAGAAUUGAGAACGUCAUCUCUCAGCCACAUUCUAUAGUUUCUAUUAUCGUCAAGGACAAAGCAGAGCCCAAAGAUUUACUCUAUCCUUGUAAAUUGAUGAAUGAAUACUCCCUUCCCAGCCCUACUGAUGAUUCAUCGCAUUUCUCUUCCGAUAAAUUUACAGCUGAGAACUCAUCAACGCUUUACAAAUGCAGCCACAGCCACAGACACAAGCUUGGCGCUACCAGGAAAGAUCUUUACCCAACUGAGUGCGGAGACUAUGAUUUCUACUGCAGUCCUCCUGGAAACACGAGUAUCCCAUCCGAGCAACAAUGUCAAAAUAUCACGCUUCCAUUUUCUCUUCUUCCACCUCUAUCUCAUCAUCAUGAUCAUCAUCCAGAUCAUCCACUUCUUAUUAAUGUCACUUUUCGGUUGAAUAUAAGUCUCGAUUGUUUUGGUUGUGACAUGGGAGGAGGGGAAUGCCACAACACUGCUCCCGAAAAUCAAUUUCAGUGUACUUUUCCCCAGCAAAAAGUUGUUUCAGGACUAAGCAAGCAACAAAAGUUGGGACUAGAAGUAGGACUAGGGUUCGGUUUUGGCGUAGUUUUUACCAUAAUCGGUUUGGCAAUCAUUAUCUGGCGUAGGAAACGAAAACGUGCUGCUUCAAGGAACAUGGUUGAUCCGUACAUGAACAUGGAGGGUCAUCCAGAGAGGACUAGUAGUGGCGAUCUUGGGGUCCUUGUCUUUUCCUACAAACAACUCGCUGAAGCCACUGAUAAUUUCAAUGCUGAAAAAAUACUUGGACAUGGAAACUCUGGAGCUGUUUACCAUGGCAAACUCAAAGAUGGGAGAGAAGUAGCAGUGAAGCGCUUAUACGAGCACAACUAUAAAAGAGUACGAGAACAAUUUCAAAACGAGAUUGAAAUUCUCACCCGCUUGCGUCACAAAAACCUGGUUUCUCUCUAUGGCUGCACUUCACGCCAUUGCCAGGAACUCCUCCUCGUCUACGAGUACAUCCCCAAUGGCACAGUUGCAGAUCAUCUCCACGGAGAUCGUGCCAAAACCAGCCCCCUAACCUGGCCAAUCCGUCUAAGCAUUGCCAUUGAAACAGCCAGUGCUCUGGUCUACCUCCAUGCUUCAGACGUAGUCCACCGCGAUGUCCAGACCAACAACAUUCUCCUAGACAACAACUUUUGUGUCAAAGUUGCGGAUUUCGGCCUAUCACGGCUAUUCCCCAUUGAUGUCACUCACGUCUCAACUGCUCCACAAGGGACCCCUGGCUACGUUGAUCCAGAAUAUUACCAAUGUUAUCAACUGACUAGUAAAAGUGAUGUUUAUAGUUUUGGUGUAGUUCUGAUGGAGCUCUUAUCAUCCAUGCCUGCGAUUGAUAUGACAAGACAUAGGCGUGAGAUUUAUCUCGCUAACUUAGCAAUAAGCAAGAUUCAAACUAGAGCUUACAAUGAGUUGAUUGAUCAGAAUCUUGGGUUUGAUUCAGAUACUGAAGUUAGAACGAUGACCAUUGCAGUAGCAGAGUUAGCUUUCGAGUGUUUGCAACAAGAUAAGGAAAUGAGGCCUACAAUGGAUGAGGUUUUGGAGAGAUUGAGGAGAAUCAAAGAUGGGAAAAUUUAGACUCAAGUUGUUGAUGAUUUUGAGUUGAAUAUGAGUAUUGUACACCUGUCGCCACCACCUUCACCUGAUUGUGAUAAGGUUGGGUUGUUAGAGAAGAUAAAACAUGAAUAGCCACCAUCGCCCAAUGCUGUGACAGAAAACUGGUCUAGUAGUACAUCUACCACGCCUAAUUUAAGUGGCUAAAAGUCCUAUUAUUCACUCACACUUGUGCUAAAAUUUGAAUAGAAUAGUAUAGCUAGUCAUAUUUGUGGUACGUAAAUGUAAUAAGUAAUUAAGCAAGUUAUGGCUCCAAAUUUACUUUUGUUUUUCC